AUGUCAAAAGUUAUCUAUACUCUAUUGUGUUUUCUUGGAAUUGUUGGGUUAUUGAAUUUGAGUUAUUCGAUUGAUAGUGAGUUUUUUUGUAUUAUCGAAAAUCUCACGCGCUCUACUGAAAUAAACACGCAACGCAGACCGCGCCGCGCCACAACACACACAAAAAAGAGAGGGAAUUUGAAUCUUUCCCUUAUUUGUGUGUAUUGUGACGCGGCGCGGUCUGCGUUGCGUGUGGAGCGCGUGGAGUACCGAUGAGAUUUUCGAAAAUAUUCACAAAAAAUUCGAGACUUGAACUAUUUCAGAUCAUUUUGAGCCUGGUCGACUUAUAGCAAGUCGAAAUGAUACAGAUGUGCCGAGUUCAGAAUUCAAGGAAUUAUUGAAGGUGAGUUAGGCUAACUCUUAUUUAAAAAAAAGCUAUGACGUGGCAUUUUGGGGAGAAAAACUAGGGUUUUUUCACAGAAAUGAGAAAAAUUGGGCUUCAAAUUUUUUCGAGUAAACUUUAAUAGGGUUUAUUUCCCUCACAGAGACUUAACAAGCCUUGAAAUCAAAUUUCCGGGCCUAAAAAAUCUUGAAAACCGGAAUUACCAGGUUAAAAUAGGUCUAGAGUUAGCCUAAAAGCUAUGACGUGGCAAAAAAUUGGGCUUUUAAUUUUACAGUGAACUUUGAUAGGGCAAAUUUUCCUCUGAUCAUCGUUAAAAUCAAAUUUCCAGCUCUGAAAAUCUGGAAAAUCCAUUUUUCGGUCUAAAAUGAGCCUGAAUCGACCUGGGUAAGCCUAAAAAUCAGAUUUUCGGGCCUGGAAACCUUGAAAAUCCGAUUUACCAGGUUAAAUCAGGUCUAGAGUCAGCCUAAAAGCUCUAGAGUUAGCCUAAAAGCCCCCAAACCCCCGCUACUUCCAGAAAAUGAUAAUCUUCUCCAAAUCGCAAUCUUCCGGCCGUAGAAUUCUCCUAAAAUCGAUCAAAAAGCCGAAAGAAUUCUGGAAUCUAUUCGGUGCUUUUGCGCCCGAAGUUUAUUGUCCCAUCAAGGUUCGAAUUGGGAAAUUGGGAGACGGCGGGAAAUGGACGUGUAAUCCGUGGAGAAUUCCCGAAAAUUCGUAGUGAGUUGGGAGAAAAACGGGCAUUUCUGAUGAAUUUUAGUCUCAAAAUCGUGAAAUUUGAUGUUUUUGCAUUCAGAAACCGAAAAAAAAUGAUUUUCAGUCUCGAAAUUGAAAAAAUGUGGCCGCCGUAAAAAUGAAAACAACUGGACUUCGUCAGUCGCGUGCGGCUGUGCGGCGCGGUCGGAAAACAAUCAGUAAUUCAUUUCUUUUCCGACCGCGCCGCACAGCCGCACGCGACUGACGAAGUCCAGUAGCCUAAAAAAUGGCGUUUUCACGUAGAAAAACGUGAAAAACUGAAAUCGCUGCGAGACCUCACUCUUUCGAAAAAUGUGUGCGCCUUUGAUUUGCUCAGAAUUUGUAUUUCAGCCCAUAACUUUUUUGAGAAUGCGUUUCAGAAACAAGUAAAUAGUUUUCCUGGUUCAUCUCGACGAGACAAAUCAGAUGAUAUAUUCAGCGUUUUCUGAAAAUGCCUCUAACAUGCUGAAAAUGCUCUGAAAUUACUAUCUAGUGUGUAAACACCGCGACGCACAAAUGCACGAAUAGCGUACCGUAGUAAAAUUUUUCACCGUCGCAAAAAAAAAAAUUCGACAAUAAAAAUCCGUGUUUUUCCAGUAUUUUAUCAUUGGGCCUCAACAAUCAAAUCGAUUUCGAGCAAGAACUUCAAACCCUCCUAAAUAACACCUGUAUAAUUCAUGGCUACGAUCGAGAUGAGCAAAAUAACACAACAAAACAAAUCUACAAAAAAUUGCGUGGAACAACCCAUAAAGCAACAAUCGGAAAUCAAACAACUAUAAAAUCCCUAGCAAAACGGGAAAAUAUCGAUUCUUUCGAAAUUCUAAAAAUCGAUAUUGAAGGAGCGGAACACGAUGCUUUGAUACCAUUUUUAGAGGAUAUGUCAGUUUGUCAAAUUUAUAUUGAAAUACAUGGCGAUGCUCCAAAACAUUCAAAACUUCUUCAAAAGAUUGCUCAUCUUAGUUAUCGACUUUUUUCCUAUGAAGUUAAUGGAUACGAAAUUUCAGCCGUUGAAUAUAGUUUCAUCCAUGAAAAUUGUAUCGAAAAAUAUGGCGGAUAUCGGAUAGCAAAUUAUUUGGAUUUUUUAAGUUAA